AUGUUUGUUGGAGGUAAAAGAACUAAAAACUUAACAGCGCAAACUGUUCAGCCAGAAGACCAACUACCAGAUACACCAAUAGAGAACAUUGAGACUAUAAUUAAUGCUGUAGAUCAAAGAAAUUACUCAGCAGCGAUAACUUACAUUCAAUUCCUUGAAGAAGAUCUUAAUCUUGAUGUUGACAUAAAUUUUAAGUUAUGGAAAGGCUAUUGCCUUUUCCACCAAGGAAAAUAUCAAGAAGCUAUCGAUCUUUACAAUCAAAUGCUGGAAAAGGAUCCAAACAACUUAAUUCUUCAUCUUUAUAUUUCAUCAUGCUUGUUUUACUUAAAAGAAUUUGAUGAAGCUAAAGCUGAAGCUGAAAAAGGACCUCAAUGCGACUAUAAAACGAGACUUUUAUUCCAUAUCGCUCAUCAACAGAACGAUGAAGAACUUCUUUUCCAGAGUCACUCGAAAUUAGUCGGAACGCUCGAAAAUCAGCUCUCUUUAGCUGCUAUUCAUUUCCAGAGAAGCAAUUAUCAAGAAGGCAUCGAUUUAUAUCAGAAAUUACUUGCAGAACAUCCUGAUUACAUUGCUUUGAAUGUUUACAUUGCUAUGUGUUUGUUCAAACUUGAAAAAUAUCAAGAAUCAAAUGAUAUCGUCGACGAAUACUUAGGAAUAAAUUCAGACUCUGCAGUAGGACUCAAUUUAAAGAGCUGCGAUUACUUUAAACUAUUCCCAGAUCCAAGCGUUGCUGAAUCUCAAAUUUUACAGAUCAAAAAGUUCGGAAGUGCAAGUUAUACAUUCGUGGAUGAAUUGAUACAGCACAACCUCUGCGUUUUUUCGGCAGGAGUUGAUGGAUACAAAGUUUUUCCAAAAUUAAUUGGAGUUGUUCCUGAAGCAAAGAACAAUUUGGCGACUCUUUACAUUAAGGACAAUAAUGCGGAUGAAGCCUAUCAACUUCUUGAAGAUUUUAAACCAUCAGAUGUAAAUGAUUUUAUCCUCAAAGGAACUGUCCUUCUUGAAUACGGACAAAACAAGUCGGACGUUAACCUUAUUGAAGAAGCUAACCAAAUCUUUUCAAUUAUCUCUGAAAUGGAAGAUAUCAAAGAUACAGUUAUCAGCCGCUGUGCAAUGGCCACAACUACCUUCAUUAACGGCGAUUUUUAUAAAACUCUCAAAAUCAUGGAGACUUUCAAACACGUUUUGGGAGUUUGUGAAGAAUUUAUUUACGAUGAAGGAAUGGCCAAUGCGGUCCUUGAGAACUGGAAAGAUGCUGAAGAAUGUUUUGCUAAGCUUGAAAACUCUGCUUAUAAGAGCGAUCCUUCUUAUAUGUUGUGGUAUGCCAAAACAUUGCUUAAAAAUAAGAAAUACGAGCAGGCUUGGCAACAAUACCUCAACGCAACCCAAACGGAAACAGCUACAUCCCUUUUGCAGAUAAUUGCAAGCGAAUGUUAUCUAAAUGGCGAAUAUGUCUACGCAAUGAGAGCUUACGAUACGCUUAAUAAGGUAGACUUUAACAAUGCAGAAUAUGCACAAGGUCUGGCUGCUUCUGCUGCAGGAGCAUUUAAGAGAUUUUUGAACCAUCAAGAAACACCCGAUGUCGUUACAGAAAUAUUAGGAGUUCUUGGUAGUGAUCCCACAUUUGAGAAAUAUUAUCAAAUAAUUCAGAACUUUAUCGAUCAAAAUCCAGAACGAUUUCAAUUUGAUGAUAUGUAA